AUGACCACGUUCUUCCCGGCGAUUUCGUCCCAGACCCGAUCGUCCCCCUUCUCCGCAAGAGCAGCCAGGGCUCGGGAAUCAGCGACUGCCUGCCACCACGGGGGAGGAGACGCACUGAAGUAUGUUGGACCACUGUGUGUAGAACUGGAGGCUCUGGACCUGCGUGCUGGCAAGGAUCGUCUUGAUCGCGUCGCAGCCCAGCUCCUUCUGGAGGGGGAGGUCGGCGACUUUGAUCCGUCGGCGAGCCUUCAAUACCGCCGGCAAAUCCUCUGCGCAUCUCUCCGCGGCCUAGGUGAAUUUUGA